CAGCACAUUGGUUGAAGGCAUCAAAUCUGUUCGAGGUGAGAAUCCCAUGAGCUGGCAAGGUCGUACGACCACAGCUGAUCUUCUUUACCGUUGGAGCAGUAGUUGGUUGUUUCUCCUUCUGUGGCCCAACACCUUGAGCUGAAAGCAUUGAAGUGUUGUGGCUAUUACACAGCCAGAUGUGGAUAAGUUUUGCCCGCUACAAAAUUGCGAAAGGAACCAAAAGGAUCGUGAACAAAUCCAUAGAGUUUGAUCAAGUCGACCGAGAACGAACCUGGGACGAUCAGGUCAUCUUCAACACUCUUGUUAUUUACUUAGCCAAAGUGUAUGUAUUAGGAACCAAUACCCUUCCUUUUUGGCGACUCGAUGGAGUGGUUCAAGUCGCUCUCCUCCAUGCGGGCCCGGUUGAGUUCAUCUACUACUGGUUUCACAGAGCCCUUCACCACCACUUCCUCUACUCUCGCUACCAUUCACACCACCACUCCUCUAUCGUCACCGAGCCGAUCACUUCGGUGGUACAUCCGUUUGCGGAGCACAUUGGCUAUACACUAAUCUUGGGGAUACCUCUAGUAACGACUUUGCUUUGCGGCACGGUCUCUGCUGCCUCCGUUACACUCUACAUAACUUACAUAGAUUUCAUGAACAACUUGGGCCACUGCAACUUUGAGCUCAUUCCGAGAUCCUUCUUCUCUCUUUUCCCUCCUAUUAAGUACCUUUGCUACACCCCUUCAUUUCACUCGCUCCACCACACGCAAUUUAGGACGAACUAUUCUCUAUUCAUGCCAAUGUACGACUACAUUUAUGGGACCAACGACAAGUGCAGUGACUCAUUGUACGAAUCAUUGUUGGAGCAAGAAGAAGAGAAGCCGGAAGCAAUCCAUCUCACCCAUCUGACAUCACUGGACUCUAUAUACCAUCUCCGACUUGGCUUCGCUUCUUUCUCCUCGCACCCUCUAUCUUCUCGGUUUUACCUAGUCCUCAUGAAACCGAUCACUCUCAUCAUCUCCUUCGUACUAACUUCUUUCUCUUCUCGAACAUUUGUCUUCGAGAGAAACCGCUUUGGUGAUCUCACCCUUCACUCCCAUCUCCUUCCCAAGUUCUCCUCUCAUUACAAGUCGCAGCAGCAAAAGGAAUCUAUCAACAAAUUGAUAGAGACGGCUAUCCUUGAAGCGGAGAAGAAGGAUGUGAGAGUAAUGAGUUUGGGGCUACUAAACCAGGGAGAAGAAUUAAAUGGGUACGGAGAAAUGUACGUAAGGAAAUAUCCAAAGCUAAAGAUUAAGAUAGUAGAUGGAACCAGUCUUGCAGCUGCGGUUGUGGUUCAUAGUAUUCCUGCUGGCACGAGAGAAGUUCUUUUUCGCGGCCAAAUCACAAAAGUUGCUCGUGCCAUUGUCAUUUCUCUUUGCCAAAGUGGUAUCAAGGUGAUGGUGUUACAUAAGGAAGAGCAUUGCAUGCUAGCCAGAUUCAUUGGUGGGGAUUGCAAGGAAAAUCUGGUCCUCACAACCAAUGACUACCCAAUGAUUUGGUUGGUGGGAGAUGGGCUAAGCAAAAAAAGAGCAGAAGCUGGCGAGAAAAAGAACUCUCUUUAUUCUUUACUCUCAGUUUCCUCCUAGAGAACUUCGAAAAAACUGCUUUUACCAUACUACUCCGGCAAUGAUCAUCCCCGACUCUGCCCAAAACAUCGAUUCUUGUGAGAAUUGGCUAGGGAGGAGAGUGAUGAGCGCGUGGAGAGUUGGUGGGAUAGUGCAUGCACUUGAAGGAUGGGAGGAGCACGAGUGUGGUCUUGAAGUUCCAAUGGUUAAUCCUCCAAGAGUUUGGGAAGCUGCUCUUCGAAAUGGUUUCAAACCUCUGGUUUUUCCAUCUUUAGAUGUAGUUUACUGAAUGUUGGUCCCAAAUAGUCCGUACUAGAGACC